AGCUGUUACUGGUCCGUUCCACCACGCAGUCAAAAAGUUCAUUUGUACCCGGAGAUAAGCCCGGGUCUAGUGAUAGCCCAUCAGUGAUCUUGCAGUUGUUUUCAUCAUUUUCGCUAGUGCCAGCUGACUGGAGAAAUCGAGUUUCAUCUUAUCGGGGUUCCAAAAGAAAUCCGCCCUGCACAACCUCGAACUUCUUUUGCCUUUCAAAGUUUGUUAUUUAUUUGUGUGGGGUUCUUCUCAGCAGAGUCGAGACUGGAUCAGUGCGAGUGGCUUGGUCCCAUCAUUUUUCUGUCGUGUACAGAAAAUGUUACGGUCAUUCGAUAUUGAUGAACAUUUCUCAGUAUUCACUGUGCGCUAUUCUGCGCCUAGUUUUUCCUCGGGCCCGUGAACCUUUGGUUUAGUGGGCCAUUCAUGAGUGCGCAUAUAUAUAAAACAAACACAUCAUACACAGGCAUUUCUGAUGCCUGAUAAGCAAUCAACUCGAUUACAUACUGUAUAUAUACAUACCAUGUCAUAGGUCAGACAGAGCACUCUUGUCCAAUUCCCGUUCUCAGUGACCAAACAGAUUAUCUUAUACCAACCGCUAUACAAACAACCACAAAAAAGAAAUGUAGAUUAUUACGUAAAUGUGGUGAUGGCGAAAAUAAGGUUUUUUAAAUAAAAAGGGCGACAGCAACGUCCUUGGAAAAUUUGAAAGAUCCUCGAAUGUUACAAGGAUUAUUUUCGCUAGCAUAGCAAUAAUCUUUCCUUUUAUAGAUGUUUGGUAUUAUAUACAUCCCACUACCAAAGAAUAAAAAAUGGAAUAAUCUUAUCUAAUUUGCUUCCUUAAAUCUGUCCGUCCAUCAAACGAGUUGGUGAAGCUGAACGAACGAAGUGCCUGAGGGGUGAUUGUCCGUGAGCCGGAAAAACCAGCUUGACAGGUUCCUCGCUAGGUGUCCUCGCUAGUUUUAUAAAUAAGGAGCUCUUUUGACAGGAUCAGAAAAGAGUGGGGGGGGGGGGAGAAGUAAGGGAGGAGUGCAGACCCUGUAUAACACGUUUCUAUAUUGUAACGAAAUCGAUAUCGGCGUGAAAGACGAGGGGGAGGAGUAAAAUGCGUGCACCGUCGCCGUGAACGUCCAUCUGGGUACUCUAUUUCCGGCCAGCAGGUGGGAGAUUGGGACCAGAGAAAUUUGGACAUUUAUCCUACUCAUGGAUUGAAUGUGCAAUCUGCAUCUAUAUAUGCUGGCAAGGCAUCACUACACCCAAAAUUAUUUUGUCUCACAUGACAAGAAUACAUUCGUCUGUGUGUGCACACAUCAGGAAUUUGCUCAACUGUUCCUUAAAAAGUAUAUUGAAUAUCGUCUGACUUGAAAUUGCUGUUAUCCAGCAUUAUCAAAAUUGCGUCGUGGCCGCGUCAAGCUAAAACUGAGAUCUUGGAUGGCAGAACCACUGGUGGUCAAGGAGGGAGACGCCAGCUUACGACUUGCCACUGAUUUACCUCGUUUCAACUGGCUGGAAUUGAAACUGAAUCAAAAACAAGAUGGACCGAACGGUGAUACCAGUGUUUGCUCUUCUUCGAGCAAUGACAGCCUCCCAAUCGUUCCGCUCAAAAUUCGCAUCUUGGAAAAGACGUCGUACGCUUCGAGGCUUCACCAGGGUCAUUCCGUUGCUCCACCUGCCAGCAAGGAACUAGACCCAUCAGUAGUAGUAGCUCAACAUAUAAAAAGAGAAGAAGCCUCAGUACCCAUUACAUGCACCUCAAGGUGGCCGCUCAAAAAAAGGCUCAUCCGUCAAGUCAGUCCAGUCGUCAGUCCAAUCGCUACACCGGUUGCGAGUCCAGCCGCCAGUCCUGUUAUCAACAAAGUAAUCAACCCAGUAAAAGUUAUGACGGCAAUUACACCUGACAACCCCAUUUGUGACCUCUCAAAGAUAAUAACCCAAGAUAGACUUCAGACAGACGUACGACAUAGUCCACCCGCUCAAAGAGGCCCCGUGAUUAUGAGAAAUGUACUGCCUCCGACGCCCCCUGCAUCCUCCGCUCCACCCGAAUUAAUGCCCGUCGACGCCGAGGAUCAAGACAAACCACUUGAUUUGUCGAAACGUGUAUUGGAACCACCACCUGCCCGGCACGAAGACAAAGCUGAAGUCGAAAUUAUCGCCAUGACGACAAGAGUAAACCACAAACAACCACCAGUUCGUCAGCCGGUUGGUUUCCAGCCGUUGCGACAGCGUUUUGCUCAAAAUCCAUCGGAAAUCCACAAAGUCCAACGUAACGAAAAGGAAGUUGUUGCCAAACCCAUUCGAGAGUAUACAAUUCAACGGAUUCCAUCGAUCCGGACAUCGGAAUCCUCUUUUCCUGACUGGAGCCGAAAUGUCCCUAGUGGCUUCCGCCCAUACAGAGAACAGCGGCCGCCCGUGCCGAUAGCCCCGAUGCCUGUGAAUAACAUCAUUCCGCCAUCGAGUAGACCAUUUGUCCUACCUCCGUUGCGUCCGCUGCCUCACCAUUGGAAAAGUCUUGUUGCUCAACAGCAACGCAACAUUGUAAUCCGUCCCGAAGUGCAGUUACAUCCGGUUGUUCCAGCUCAACCGUCAGCCGGCUUCGUAACCGGACCGCGACUAUUUCACCCUCAACAGGUCACGGCAUCGACAACAAAAAAAACUUUAUCGACGGCAUCUCAUCCCUUGACAACGCUUCCUCCCGAUUGGUCUCUGCGUAGCUGCGUCGUUUGUUCACGAAGAGCAGAUUUCCGCUGUGCCGGUUGUCAUGGAAACGCGUACUGCAGUACUCUUUGCCAGGCUAGGGAUUGGCCCAACCAUAGUCAACUUUGCCAACGCAACAGCUGACCUGGACGAAAAUGACUAAAAUUACAAAAUUGAUCACCCACCGUUUCACCUUUUUCAACAAAAUUUAUAUCUGUUUUUAUCUUUUAUGUAUUAUCGAUGUUGUUGCUGUGGUUUUUUAAAUGGAAAAAAAAAAACAAGUUUUGGUUUGAGAAACAAAAUGUUGUCAAUUGUCAAUGAAUUCCCCACACUUCUUCAAACGC